AUGUCGUGGAAAUCUGGAGGGAGUACUCCUAUCGGUACGAAUCUACGAUUUAAGAUCCUCGAACCACUCAUCUACCAUAAGAUCCGAAACAAGAGCUUCAAGCGGCCCCUGCUUAUAUUCAUUACUACCGACGGUAUCCCGAGUGCUGAAGGAGGCUCCGCGUUUGCCGAUGCUAUUUUGGAAUGCGGCGAGAAGUUGGAAGAAGUCGACUAUCCUCGCAAAAGUGUAAAGUUCAUGGUUGGGCAGAUUGGAACAUCAUCCAGAGCUAUAGAAGACCACACGGACUUGCACAUCUUAGAAAAGCUGGAUAAGAAACUAAAGAGGUUCCAUGACAACGACCGGGAAUUCGAGCGAUGGGUAAGCAACCCUUAA